AUGUACCUAACGAAUUACGUGUCUUUCCAAGAUCCGGAUACAGGGCGCAUACGUGUUGGCCAUUAUGAUCUCGCGAAUAAAUCCAUCCAACCAUUGGCCUUUUUGUCCGGAACACCGCUAGACAACAUCUACCAAGUGAUCGAAAUUGGCGAAUUCAACAUCAUCCCUUCGGGAGAAACUUUACCAGCUUCCACCAUCAGAAUCUUGCCACCCUUCACCGGGCGCGACAUCCUGUGUGUUGGCAAAAACUACGCCGAACACGCGAAGGAAUUCAAUAGCUCAGGUUUUGACAGCUCAGAUAAAGUAGACACGCCGUCCCAUCCCGUCAUUUUCACCAAACGUUUUACUUCCAUUAUUGGAGAUGGCGAGGAAAUCCUACCACAUUCGGGCUUCACAGAGACAGUUGAUUAUGAAGGCGAGGUUGGUGUUGUCAUUGGUAAAGCUGGAUUUCGCAUCCCGGAAGAGAGUGCAAUGGACCAUGUAUGGGGCUACACAAUUGUGAAUGAUGUGACGGCGCGUGAGCGCCAAAGAGAUCACAAGCAAUUUUACAUUGGAAAGUCUCCCGACACAUUCUGCCCCAUGGGACCGAUUGCUGUGCCAGCGUCCAAGCUGGAUAACGUAUUGCAGCUUGAGACAUACGUCAAUGGCGAGCUACGACAGAAAGCUACAACAAAGGACCUGAUCUUUUCCAUUCCUUAUCUAAUCAAAACCAUGUCCGAAGGACAAACGCUCAUGCCGGGCGAUGUUCUUGCUACCGGAACACCUGCAGGAGUUGGUAUCGGAAGGAAACCGCCAGUCUAUCUCAAGCCUGGAGACACUGUUACCAUAUCCGUUAGCGGUCUGGGUACUCUGACGAAUCGCAUUGCAAGUCCAAACUCGAACAAUCCGACCAUCGCCACGGUUGGAAGCACGUUGUCCCACAUACAGCCCUGUAACUUGGCUAAGAGCAUCGACACUACGUCUCUUACACACAUCAACAAUAAACCAAUCUAUUACAAAAGUAUCGGGGUACAAUCGAAACCACCUAUCAUUUUCAUCCAUGGUCUUGGUGGCACCUCUGACUUCUACACCCCACUAAUCCAGGCUCUGGGUCUCGAAACCACACACUCACUACAUCUGUUUGACCUGGAAGGCCACGGGCUCUCACCAUCCUCGCCACUCAGCAAAGUCAGUAUCGAAUCCAUUGCCAAUGACGUCAACGGCAUAUUCGAGAAGGCGAACAUCACGCUGGAUGCAACGCUUGUAGCUCAUUCUAUGGGAUGUCUUGCAGCCGUUCAGUUCGCACUGAUACAUCCAAACAAGAUAUCCAAACUUAUUUUGAUCGGGCCGCCACCAUCACCUCUACCCGAAGCAGGGAGUGCGGGUGCCCACGCUCGGGCCCAGAUGGUGCGUAGUAAGGGCAUGCACGCUGUUGUUGACACCGUUGUCUCAGCUGGUACUUCAGAAAAGACCAAAACUACAAAUCCCGUGGCAGUAGCAGCAGUGCGCAUGUCUUUACUCGGCCAGGAUCCGGAGGGGUAUGCGAAGGGGUGCACGGCACUUGCGGAGGCAAAGGCGCUCGACUUUGCCGCCAUCCAACCCAAAACCCUCAUCAUUACAGGAAUCGAAGACAAGGUAUCGCCGCCUCAGUUGUGCGAAAAAUACUUGGAACGACUAGGAGAUAAGGGAAGUCUGCAUGUGCUGGAAAACGUGGGGCAUUGGCAUGUACUAGAGGAUUUUCAGAGUACUGCGAAUGCUGUAAAGCCGUUUCUGUAGAUGACUCUAGCUAUUUGUUUUGAAGCAAAUAUCUGCACAAUUGGAUGCUGUACUUGACAUGAUC